UAAGGACCAGGAGAUCAGAAGGGGCCACAAUGUCACAAAGAGGACCAACAAUGAAAUUAAAUCCACAGCUGGCUUUGCCAUUUUGGCUCCCACCUUCUCCUUCUAAACAUAUGCACAUGUCUUCAUAUCCUUCUCUCUCUACACACACAAGAGUAUGUACAGCCACAUACAUAUACAAAAUCUUUAUUUAUAAAUAUAUGCACCUCAACUCCUCAAUACCCAUCUCCUUCCCAACUCUCUCUAUCCUUUCAAACACAACAAAAAGCUUUUCUCUCUCAAUAACCCAAAGACAAAUGGCCAUAAUGAAGAAAUCUUCAAAAGUAACUCAGACGGCAAUGCUGAAGAAGAUUCUAAAGAGAUGCUCGAGCUUGGGAAAGAAGAAUGGAGGAGAAUACGAUGAAGAUUUCCUCCCACUAGACGUACCAAAGGGGCACUUUCCUGUCUAUGUCGGAGAUAACAGAAGCAGAUACAUUGUCCCAGUCUCCUUCUUGACUCACCCUGAGUUCCAAUCUCUCUUAAGACGAGCUGAGGAAGAGUUUGGAUUUGACCACGAUAUGGGUCUCACCAUUCCUUGUGAUGAACUUGUCUUCCAGAACCUUACCUCAAUGAUCCGAUGAAAUUUUUAGUAAACCAUUUGAAGAAGAUGCAGAAGAAGAUGGUUGACGAAGCAGAAGCUUCCUUACGAGAAAAUAGCAUCUCUUCUCUCUUUUUAAGUUUUUUCUUCUUCUAUUUUUAAGCCUAUCUAGGGUUUUUACGAGCUGGUUUACUCGUCUAACAAGAAAGAAACCUGAAUGAGAUAUAGAUUCCAUGAGUUUAAUUGGAUUUGUAAAUUAAAAAGCUUGUAAUGUUUUCCUCGCAGAUCUUGAUUUUGUGAGAGAAGUUGAUUAAUGCAAGAAAAAGCAUUCCUCUA